CGAAAGCUACAGCUCCGACCGAAACCAAAUCCGCCAGCGCACUCGAAGCACACACACUUCCAAAAUGGCACGGCGACAACGGCGUCGAAACCCAGGCCCUGGCCAAGCUUCAGCAUCAGAAGUCUCUCAGAACAUCCCAGCAAAGAACAUGGAGCAGCUACCAGACGAUGUGCUAAUCAUGGUGCUGCAGUACGUGGACCUCCCGGACCUCUUCACCUGCCGGCUCGUGAGCAAGAGGCUCGGGGCCUUGGCCGUGACGCCGGCUGUCUGGCGAGGCCGGCGUCUGCUACGCCCCCAGUGCGCCCGCUGGAUCUGCCCAGUUUUGCGCACGGCGCCCAGCUUGUCGAGGUUAGACCUAGUCAUCCCGGCCGGGGAGCCAGGGUGUUGUCAGCUGAUGCUAGCCUCGACCAGGUGUGCUGUCACGGCCCUUAACAUGCUAGUGUAUGAACUCGGUGCCACGCAAGCUGCUCUAGUGAUCCGGCGCCAAGAGGCGCUUGGCCGGCUGAGGGUUCUUACGGUGGUGUUAUUAGGGGUGGGUGCAGCAGAGACCUCCAUGCUGUUGGCGACAAUAGCGUCAAUGCCCGAUCUCACGUGGCUCAGCGUUACAGGUACCUCAGCGAGUAAACCCAACCUCGAUUCCCACUUCAGCUCGGUAUCCACUGCAGCCCUAAGAUGUUUCCGAUUCCAACUAUGGCCGGAAUCAGCAUCCUUCUGCAACUUCAUAAUAGCGGCGCACGCCAAUGCCCUGGAAGAGGUUCACCUCGUGUGCCCUGACCGCGGUACUUCGUUCGCUACGUUGACCUCGAUGGCACCCCUACUGGCAGGCUUGCCCGUCCUGCGUGAGCUAUGCUGCCCCAUGCUCCCGGGGCUGGAGGCCAUGGCGGACUGCAAGUCGCUGAGGGAGCUGACUCUCUUCGUGCGGCCCGAGGACCGCCCUGGCGCCGGUGGGGCCGCGACGCUUCUCUCCCGCGCCAACCAGCUCCGCGCGGUCACCCUGGAAUACAUACCGUCAGCCAGCCACCCCGCCGACGUGGGCGUGAGCUUGGUGCUAGCCCUGGCCGCGUCCGGGCUCUCUACCGUCGAGUCGCUGACGAUCCUGAACGGUUGGGCCGCCAUGCCGCAGGUGCAGCCGCUGCUCACGGCGCUGCCCUUCCUCCGGUCCCUGCGCCACCUGGAGUUGUCUGCUCCACAAGACGCGCUUCUGCUGGGGAUCACUCCCGCCUCGGCCCCGGCACUGCAAACCCUCGCGCUGCGCUACUCAAAGUGUGCUUAUGGGGUGUUUAUGCAUCCUUGCGCUCACUCCUGGCUGCACUACGACGAAGUAAACACGCUGCUGUCCGUGAACCCCGAGCUCCAGCUGCUUGUAGCGCGCGGCUCGGGCCUCUAUUGUAAAGACAGGAUGUGUGCGACGUGUCAACGCGGCUGCCACUCAAAACUGAGAGAUUGCAAUCUGCAGCUAAUCAAGGAGAAGAUGCUCGUUCCUCGAAACAUCCCUCAAUAAAAUAGUGUAGAUACUGUGUUGUGCUGCGUUACCUUGAUUUAGCCUCAGUUUUAUUUUCGCUAUUAUG